AUGGCCUCACAAGACCGUGAAGCAAGCUCGGAGCUGGAAUCGUUCCGCCAGCAAUGGAUCUCGGACCUGCAGUCGAGAGCCCAUGAGGCUGAGGCUUCGUCUUCAACUUCUGCCGCUGCUCCGGCUGCCACUUCACGACCAAGGAAGCACACGGGCCCUUUAAGUCCAACAAUCGCCAAGAAGAGCUUGCCAGCCGUUGAAGAUGAUGAGUACUAUCUCCAUGGCCCAUCUUUUGAUGCCAUGCCCCCUCCCUCUGCUUCGGGGCAUCUGCUUUCAGACACCCCCGGCAAGCACGAUGAAAAGCCGCUGGUAUCAGCGCUAGAUCAUUAUGAAAAGGCCAUGGAAAAGGAGGCACAGGGCAAUAUGGGAGAGAGUCUGCGGCUUUAUAGACAAGCCUACCGACUGGAUCAUCGGGUGGACAUGUCGUAUCGUGAGAAGCACUUCCCAGCCGGUUUUGCACCCGCCAAGGCUACCGCUUCAUCUUCAUCCUCAGGAGCAGCAGCAACGGCACCAGCUGCACCAGCAGCAGCACACAAACCUGCGGCCCCCAGCGCUGCCGAAGAGGAGCCCCAGCCGCUGACGUUGGAAGAGCUCAUCGCCAGCUUUUCGGGGUUAAAGAUCGAGGCAGCGCCCCCCAUCAUCGAAAACACCCCGCCGCCUCCAUGCCCCAUAGCCAGCCUGCCGGAUGAGCUGCUCGUGCAUAUCCUCAAAGACGUUGCCGUGGCCGACGUCGGGGACUUUGCCCGUCUAAGUCUUGUGUGCAAGCGAUUCGCCUACCUGGUCGCGACGGAGCAGCGCAUCUGGAGGCGCGUCUGCCUGGGGACCGAGUUUGGCUUCACCUCCAUGCCUCGCCACUGGCAAAAGACGGUCGAAUGGGAAGAGCUCGAGGCCCAAGAGGAGGCAGACGAGGACGGCCUCCUCAUCAGCAUGAGAGAGCUUGAGGAGAGCCGCUUGGCUGAUGCCCUCUCUUUCACGGCCUCCCUCCACGAUACGGAUGUUUAUUCCUCGUGGAAGAACAUGUUUCGCACCCGCCCUCGCAUUCGCUUCAACGGCUGCUACAUCAGCACCGUCAACUAUAUCCGCACCGGCCAGGCGACAAACCAGGCCGUCUGGGGCGGAGACCCUUACCUCAUCGUCACCUACUACCGCUACCUGCGCUUCUUCCGCGACGGCACCGUCAUCAGCCUCCUCACAACAGCCUCCCCCGCCGAUGUCGUGCACCAUCUCACCCCAGAGCUGCUUAAACUGCAUCGCGAGGCUCCCCAUGCCCACCUCCCCUCCGCAAUGAUGCAUCAAGCCCUCAAGGGCCGCUGGCGGCAGUCCUCUGCGCUGGACUAUCCGGAUAACACGGACCCAAAGGAGCAGGAAUCAGACUUGUACGUCGAGACGGAGGGUGUGGGAGCAAAGUACAUGUACCGCAUGGACUUGUCGCUGAGAAGCGCGGGCAAGGGCACCAGGAACAACAAGAUCAUUUGGAGGAGCUUCUGCAGCUACAACAAGCUGACGGAUGACUGGGCCGAGUUCCAGCUCAAAAACGACAAGCCCUUCUUCUUCAGCCGAGUGAAGAGCUACGGAGUGGGAGAAUCGGUCGUCUAA